GGCGCAGAAUUAAACCGCGUGUGCCUUGAAUUGAGUGUUACUUACACCGGUAAUUAGUAUCCGAAAGUGUGAUUUCAACGGCGUACUAAAAUCUGCGCGCCAUGGAAGGAAAUCCUCCGUCGGGAACACCAGAUGGGACAAAUCCAGCGAAGGAGUUUCGUCUCCCGGCACCCAAGUUCAAAGAAGAAGUCCAAAAAUCGCUCGAUGAUUUCAGUAGGCAUUUAAAUCCUCACUUUUCUACGCCUACUGGUAUGUUGUUGCCUCGCGAAAUGCAACCACCUCCGAUGUACGGCCCACGUGGUUCCACACUUCCGCCCCAGUUUUUGGCCAACAAUCGGCGGAAGCGACCGUCGUACGACCAUCAGUUCGGUCAACCAGCUCCGAAACAGCCACAAUAUGAGCCUCGCUUCCAUCGGGGAGGUCACCAUCAGCGUCCACCGACAUCGUUCCGGCGCGGUAACGACGGUAAUCACCAUCGAUCACCGCGAGGCAACGAGGGCUUCGAGAAGGACGUUAUUCCGGCGUUACUGCUCUUGAACUGGAAGCUAUGGUGUGAAGGUUGCGAUGUGAAUUGCACCAGCGAGGAAGAGUAUCAACGGCACAUCGAAAGCCAUCGACCAUGCGAGGUGCCGAGCUGCAGCUUCGUUGGGCAUCCGAUGGUGAUGAAGAAACACGCCAGGAAGGCACACAGCGAAGAGAGUAGCAACGACUCCCGUGGUAUGCCAUCGGCGGAAGAAAUUGAACAGUGGAAAGAGGAACGCCGCAAACGAUUUCCGACAAAGCAGAACAUCAUCCUGAGACAGCUGGCUCAAGAAGAACGGCUGAAGCGAGGCGAACGAAUCGGGGAAAACAAGGAACGCUUUCCACUGAAACCCGGAUCAAACAGGCCAGCGCAAGAUGGGAUUAAGGAUGGUCCGAAGCCGAAGAAACGUAAGAGACGAGGUAAACAGCCAGUACGGCAAGUGGAAAAUCAGUCGACGCCCAGAAUAAUGUUUGCAGGAACAUCCGGAUUGGAUAAUUACCUUAAACCGAUUGCAAAUUGUCUAUCCUUACUGCAAGGCUACGGAAGUGAUAGCGAAAAUGAGUCCGAGGAGAAUAGUGAAUCAGAAGCGGUUACUGAUUUAAAAGUUGACGAGGUAACGGAACCAGUAGAGGAAGUACCAAAUGUAGGGGACAGUAGCCAAACCAAUGAGCAAGCAUCACCGGUUCAGAAACUCGAUAUGCUAGAAAAGCAGCAGGAAAUUCAAUCUCUACAAGCAAACACGUUAGGGAAAGCUGAUGUGGCUGAACAGUUGCAGGGGAACGCUAAAGAAAAGGUCGACACAAUAGAGGAAAAGCAACAAGCAAAACCAGAAACCAAUACGAUAGAGAACGCGAGCAAGCAGAACCAGAAGAAGCAAUUUAACCGCAAACAGCAACACAAUAGCAAGGAAAAGCCAAAGACAGGCGAUCCUCAGGCGAAAAAGCGUCCAUAUCUGCUGGAUUACUCAAAGCUGCGUAGAUCCAAUCAGAAUACAAUGCUGGAAAAAUUGUUGGACGCGGACAUUCGGCACGAGCGAAACGUGCUUCUGCAAUGCGUUAGAUUCGUGGUAUCGAACAACUUCUUCGGCGUUGGACAACCGAAAGUAGAAAAGGAUGGUGCCACAAACAUUCAGAACGAAAACCCCUCACAGGCACAAAAUGAUGCCACCGCCAAGAUUGAAAUCGUUGAAAUUACACCUCCGCAAAAUGAUGGCCAAACGUUAUCACAGAGUGACGACAUUGCAAGAACUGAAAAGAGUGAAUUUCCAAAUUCGCCAAAGGAUGUCCAGGCCGUAAACGAAGGGGCCUCAAGCACGCUAAACGAAGCCGCAGAAACGUCUCAAAUCGUUGGUACGGUAACGUCGGAAAGUAACGCUAAUGGCAAAGAAUAA